AAUUGGAGUUUUCCAGGUUUUAUCUAACAAAAGUGAACUAAAGUAUUUAAAAAAGUACUUUAAGACAAAAAAGUGUUAAAAACUAUUCCCUUUUAAAGAAUAACAUUUAUCAAACAUUCCAUAUAAACAAUAGAUUUAAAAGCUGUAGAGCAGCUUAACAAACUUCCAAUAUAAAACAGAAAUUUAUCUAAGGAAAUACAUAUUUCAAGCAACGAAAAAAAAGGAAACUUAAACUUUCCAAACAACCAGCAAACAACAGGAGUUUAAUAACAACAACUUCCAGCAGAAAAAAAAACUCGAAAAAAAACAACGUUCAACUAACAAACAACGAAAAUACACUCAAACAAAUUGCUGGACUAAAGCAAAAGAAGAAACAAAAAACAACAUUGAUUAUUGAUUUUGAAACAAUAGAAUAGACAGCUAAAUAAAGCAGUCAGCCAUACCGGCAGACAGACAGACAAACAGACAAUUGUUAAAGAAUAGAUAGACAUUUGCUUAAAUAGUUUCAGAUAGAGAAAAAAAACAACAAACUCGCAUUGUAAUAGCACAAUAUAUACAUAUAAACAUAUAAAGCUUGCAACAACAGCAAAAACAACAAGUUGAAAGCAACAUAUAUAAAUAGUAUAAAACAACAACAACAAGAAUAAAAGACUGCUCAACAUAAAGUUAAAAUACAAUAGAGUUUUAACAAAUAGACAAACCAUUCCACAGCUAAAUGUUAAAACCCAGAACAGCUUAACAUAAAAAAAUACACAAAACAGCAAAAGAAAAUCUUGCUAAAAAGGGAAGAUAUAGUAGCAAGGGAGUAACGGAGAGAGAAAGAGAGUGAGUUACAGAGACAGAAUAGCAAAAGUAAUAGAAUAAAAGAAACAGCUAAACGGAAGCAACAAGCCAACAAACCAACACCCUAACUUCUAGUUGCUUUACCUUACCCUCUUGUGCUGGUUGCAAGAAAACAAAACAAAAACUUGCCUUUGGCAAAAUAUCAAAUUAUCCUGCUAAAACCUUCACCAACAACAAGAGCAGCAGCAGCAGCAGCCACAAAUAAUAAGAAUAAUAAUUUUGAAAAUUUUUUCAACUUAAUCUUAUAAUGAAACAACGGCUGCCUAAAAUUAUUAACUAGAUUUAGCUGUCUCUACAAAACUACAAAAACUAACACUCCUCGAAAAGUUUCAACAUCCUAACAGCCCUUCCAUUAAAUUUACAAAAUUUCAAAAAUACCCGACUUUAACAAAUACCUGCAAAAACUCAAUAAAAAGAAAAUGUUCUUCUCCCUACUACAGACACUAGUCUGUGUGCUGCUGGUAAAUAGCGGCCUCUAUGCUUUGCAUUUAACCAGCUCUAAUACGGCCGGUUCCAAUAGCCCCUCCAACAAUAAUGGCCCUACACACAAUGCAGCUCAAUUAACUAAACCCUCAGCCACGAAUCCCUUUCAAAGCACCAGCAAUCGUUUAAAUGAGGAACUGGCCGAUUUGGCUCAAUUGGAAAGGGAACGUUUAAUGGUCAUGGGUUUGGUGAAACAAACCGCCGAAGAAUCGGGCUAUCAUGGACGACCCAUUAUAACGGGACGCAUUAAAAUGCAUCCAGCCGAGGAUAUGGACUCGGAAUAUUCAGCCUGGCUGCAACAGCAGGCACGUAAUGUUAUGUUUGGCAAUGUUGUCAAACAGCCGCUCAAUGAUGAGGAAGAUUAUGAUUCCGGUGGCGGUGGUAGUUUUGAUCCUUUAAGAUCUACCAACGGUAAAUACGAUUAUGGUCGCAUAGUCCAGCCAGUGGAGAGGGAAUUUGAAAAUCCUCAUAACUUGGAUUUAGAUGAUUUUAUGGAAUUGGAACCGGUGCAGGAAGAAGAGGAUAUGUUUCCCGAUAUGGAUGGCUAUGCCUAUAUAGAGGAGUUAAUGGCGGAGGAAAAUAAAGAAAGACUGCAGCAUCAUUAUCAGACACAGCCGCAACAUCAUCAGCAAAUGCCUCAAUUCCCUGGUUUUAGACAACAGCAGCAGCAGCCGCAAUCACAUCAUAUGCCCUUAAAUCAUAAUUAUCAAAAUCAUGAGGCUACUAUGGAUAAAAAUCAACAAGUUCUGCAAGAUUUCUUUGAAAAAGAACAGAAAUUACAAAAUCUAAAUCAUCAACAGCAGCAACAACAACAACAACAACAAUUUAAUAACAAAUACCGCAAUAACAUACGCAUGCAGCAGAAAUGGUUGCGUAAGCGUAAUCAAUUGCAACAGCAGCAGCAACAAUUACCGCGUAAUAUAUUUGGACAAAAGAAUAACAAACAACAGCCGCUACAACAACAGCCAGCAUUACACCAUUUCAAGACUUUAAGCAGUAAUAAACUAUCACUGGCCAAUUCUGAAGCCACCGCCACCACUAGAAUCAAUAGUCACAACAACAACAACAACAACAAACCAAUCGAUACCGCACAAUUAUUGAAAAAUUCCGAACAAAAGCAAAACACACAUGAUACACAACUCAAUAAAGAAGAUAAAACAAAAUUUUCCUCCUCCUCAUCUUCGGCGGCUAACAAAUCGGAAAAAUCACUUAAUGCAGCAAAUUUAGAACAAAAUCCAGAACAACUACAACAUCCCAAUCAUAAAAGAUCGGGUUUAAAUCCGGCCAGUUUGGCCUCAUCGGCGGGUGUAUCUUCGCCUCACAGUUUAGCCUCGCAGCUAAUGUUGCGCACAGCGCGUGGACAAAGGCAAUAUGAUGUGCCACAAAUUGAAUGCCCCACCGCUAUGGAUGGCAUGGAGCGUUUUGCAUGUCCGACACCGGAUUUGCAAGGUCGAUAUCGCUGUAUAGACGAUCACGUACUGUGUGAUGGUUUCCUUGAUUGUCCUGAGGGCGAAGAUGAGGAUAGAAGAUCGUGUAUGUUUUAUAAAACGUUAAAUGUUAUGUUAAAUGUGCCAAAAUAA